CCUAGUUGGGCCUACCCCACCCCACGACGUCGUUUAGCCACUUCAUCUUCAACCUUGGGUUGAAAAUUCUUUCUCUGCGUAAAACCCGAAGGCCGAAAACUCACACAAUGCUCACACAAUGAACACUCACCGCCCUGUGAGGGCUCUAUCACAUGCGCUGUCACGUGCCCUAUCUAACUCCUCCUCAUCGUCCGUACAACCUUCAUCGACCUUUCCUCUGAAAAACGUAACGAAGUCGAACUUCGAGCCGGCUCUCGCCGAGCUGCGCCGCCAUGUCGCCGCCGCCGACUUCGUGGCCAUCGAUCUCGAGAUGACCGGAAUCACCAGCGCGCCGUGGCGCGACUCGCUGGAGUUCGACCGAGCCGACGUCUGCUACCUAAAGGUCAAGGACUCGGCCGAGAAGUUUGCUGUGCUUCAGUUCGGCGUUUGCCCCUUUCGAUGGGACUCUUCCAAGCAUUCCUUCAUUGCUCAUCCGCACAAUUUCUAUAUUUUUCCACGUCAAGAGAUUUCAGCCACAAACCCCGCUUAUGAGUUCCUAUGCCAGACUACAUCAAUUGAUUUCUUAGCUAAAUACCAGUUCGAUUUCAAUAUCUGCAUACAUGAAGGAAUAUCUUAUUUAUCCAAAGGACAGGAAAUUGAGGCACUAAGACAUUUGAGUUUGGCAUAUGAGGAUGAAUUAUUGGCUAAAUGGUCAAACUUGAAAGAACCUGUGCACAUGCCAGUGGUCAAGAUGGCUGACACUCUCUUCACUGAACGGAUGAAGAACAUAUUCACUGAAUGGCGUGAUGGGUUGUUGAGAAAUAGUAAUGGAGAACUCCAAUUUCAGGGAAACUCAAAUGACUCCCAACAACAGUUACGAACCAUUUUCUUUAAGAUGCGUCCUGCUCUUAGUCUGAGUGGAUUCACUUCUCAUCAGCUUAGGUUGAUUCAUUUGGUCAUCAGAAGGCAUUUCCAAGAUCUUGCUUAUGUUCAGAUAAAUGGUGAAAAUACCUGUCAGCAGCAACUAGUUGUGCGUACAGAUUCCAAGGACGACAGGGAGUUACUUAUGAAAGAGGUGAAGGAUGAGCAUUGUAGACAGGCAGAGGUGAAGGUUCAAGCUGCAGUUGGGUUUCGUCACGUUAUUGACCUUCUUUCAUCAGAACAGAAAUUGAUUGUUGGUCACAAUUGCUUUCUUGAUAUUGCACAUAUAUACAGCAAAUUUGUAGGUCCUCUUCCUUCUACUGCUGAAGAGUUUGUCUCUUCUGUUAACAAGUGCUUUCCGUAUGUCGUUGACACCAAAAUGCUCUUGAAUGCUAAUAAUGUGCUUCAGCAACGGAUGAAGAAGUCCCAAACAUCACUUUCGUCAGCAUUUGCCAUGUUAUGCCCACAAAUUGCUCUUGGGAAGAAAAGCACUGAUCUGGCAUUCCAAUCGUGUGUUAAAGUUGAAGUUCAAGUGGAUGAUUUGAGGUCCUCCAACUGGAAUUCUGGAGCCAAACAUGAAGCGGGAUAUGAUGCUUUUAUGACAGGCUGUGUGUUUGCUCAGACAUGCAGUCAUCUAGGGAUUGAUUUUCAGUCGUUUUUGCCAUCUGAACAUUUGGCCCACAAUGAGAAGCUGCAGAAGCACAUCAACCUUCUAUACCUUAGUUGGAGUAAUAGAGACAUUAUUGAUUUAACCAGUGGUAAGAAAAAUGCAGUAUCUUUGGGGUAUACUAACCACAAAAAGAGGUGCCCAGAGAUUUUGUUUGAGAACAUUGCUUUAAUCUGGGGAUUCCCAUCAAAACUCAAGGCUCGGGACAUACGAGAAUGCAUCUCAAAAGUCUUUGGCCCAACAUCUGUCACGUCUAUCUACCACUUGGAUGAAACUGCAGUAUUUGUUCAGUUUAACAAGGAAAAAUUUGUCUCUGAAUUUCUUAUUUUGAAGGAAACUUUAGAGAGAAGUGAUGGUCCGGUCUCAGUUUUGCAUCCUCUUGCUGGACUUUUGGAAGGUGGAAAUACCCAAGCUGCUAAUUAUGAAACUUACAAAGGCAUUUGCAGUUCACCCAGCUCAAAGAUCUUGUUUGCGGAUCAGGCAGACGCAGUUGGUACUAAAUGGAAAAAUAAAUUGAUUGAAUCUAAGGCAGCAAUGGAGAGCCUAGAACGAGAGAUCUUGGGUGAAAAAAAUGAAGUGAAUCCUGCGUUUGUGUUUUGCUGACUCAAUUACUCAAACUAAUUUAUACAGAUUCUAUCUAUUGAGAUUUUUGUAUACUGUUAGGAAUGUGACGUUAGGAAGAAAACAAAUGUAAUUAUAUGUACUAAAAUGCCUUUUUCAAAAAUAAAAAAAGCCAAGUAAUUAUAU